AUGAAGCUUAUUCGCCUCCAGUCAAGCCUGCCGCUGAACCCCAAGCCCUUCCUGAACGGGCUCACGGGGAAGCCGGUGAUGGUGAAGCUCAAGUGGGGCAUGGAGUACAAGGGCUACCUCGUCUCCGUGGACGGCUACAUGAACAUGCAGCUCGCCAACACGGAGGAGUACAUCGACGGCGCGCUGUCCGGGCACCUCGGCGAGGUGCUCAUCAGGUGCAAUAACGUUUUGUACAUCAGAGGUGUGGAAGAAGAGGAAGAAGAUGGAGAAAUGCGGGAAUAGGUGUUUUGUAUGUCUGAAAAUAAACUUUUUUUUUUUUUGGUCUUUUUUUAUUUUCCACAACUUCGUUGUACUGUGUUUACUUGUUCUACAUAUGGGGAAGGCUAACACUUAAAUCAUUUCUAAUAACUUAAUGACAUCUAAACAACUAAUGCUGGAGAAAGGGAAUAAUACUGCAACCUAAAAUUGGAAAAAUUAGCAUGGAAUGGGAGAUGAACUCCCCACCUUGUGUGCAUGGGUUUUGUUCC